UUUAAUUGUAAAAAUGUUUUAAUUAGAUAUUAAGUUGACUAUGAACUUGGUAGUUUGCUAUGUGUAAUAUGACCUUUGCCCUGAUUACAACAAAAUAAGGAAAAUAAUUGAGGGGUAACAGCAAAGCCGAGUUUAGAUUGAUGUUUUUUUAUUUAAACAAUUCAGUUAGCGGAGGAGGACUAAGACCAUGGAAGCAGUAGGAGAAAAGCCUAAACAUUCAGUAUUGUAUUGGAUGGGACCACUCCAUGUUGUAUUAAUGGCUAGAUACUACGGAGGAAAUACGUGACUUGCCAGAAAGCUCCGGUUUUGGCUUUUGGCAAAUUGUCUUGCUUUUUUUGUGAUUCGUCCUCGGUCCUCCUCAAAGUCCACUUGGGCUCAAACGAGCGAGGGACGGUGCGACCGGACACCGAUGUUUCUCGACCGUGGAGUUCGCCUCUAAUCUCUUGGUGUAACCUUCACCUUCAACAUGCUUGUCUGCAAAGUUCUUUCUGGUCUCCUGAGACGGCUCGCUGAGAGCGCGGUGCCUGCUCUCAACCUACCGGCAGACUGACUCGUUACAACUUUGAAGACACCUGGGCUGCUAAUUAGAGGACACACCUCGGUCUAACGUGUCCCUACGGUCAAAUUAUUGCUCUCUAGGAGCACCAUCAUUUUGUCCAGGCCAUUUUCAUUAGUUGAUUUUUUAAAAUGAUUCUGUUGAACCAAAAGUCAAAAGCAAUGUCUGAUUUCCAUUAGUUCAUUUUUAUUUAUUAUUGCUUCAGUCAGUUUCAAGUUGUUUCAGUGACCAUUGUGGGGUUUUCUUUGUUUAACCGAAGGCUACCAGCAGCUUGUAUCCGGUAAGUUCAGUAUAAUUUGAUGCCAAUAAUUGUUCAUUUUUUGUGCUACAGUGUGAAUCUCCAUAAAUACAGCUGUUCGAUAAAAGUAAUUCAUUUCUCCAUCGAUUCGGUUUCGGUACAAAGAAGUAGAACAGUACUCAAAUAAAACUAUAUUUAAUUCAAUACUAACUAAAUGAAGGGACAUUUUAUGUUCUCAUUUCCAUAUUCACGUUAUUUUAUUGACUCGUGUUUAUUUCCUUGACACGUUGUCUCAUGUAUCUUUCCGUGUCCUUCCCUCCUACACCCUACGGUCGGAGACGUGAGGACCAAGUGUCUCCUCGUGUAACCCGACACCGCUGCCACGUCGCUCCCACUUCCUGCAGGGACCCGGUCCCUCCGCGGGGGGCCUCCGGCUGCACGGGGAGUCCGCCCCGUAGCGGAAAACACCGCAGCGCCGCACGGCCGAGUCAAUGUCCCCGGAGCCCCCGAAUGUCCCCGGAGCCCCCGACUCCCCCAGCGAGGAGGCGGACUGACCGCCGCGUGUGUCCCGCUUAACCACCGCCUCGGCCCGGGCCGGAGAGGACGGAUAACGGUGUCUGGAUCCGAGGAACCCUUCUGCUUCUUCUCUCCCAGGGGUCAGGAGGACCCGAGGACGUCCUGCCAAGAGAUGAACCCAGACCUGCACAGCCUGACUGACGUGUGAAGGUAGCAGCAGUUGCGAUGGGUAGCUCCGUCCUCCGCUUUGCCAGCCUGGUGUCCACUCUGGGCGGCCUGGUCUUCGGUUACGAGUUGGGCAUCAUCUCAGGAGCUCUGCUGCUCAUCAAGGUGGAGUUCAGGCUGUCAUGUGUCCAGCAGGAGGCUCUGGUCAGCUCUCUGUUGGCAGGAGCUCUGCUCGCCUCCAUCGUGGGCGGCUGGCUCAUCGACCACCGGGGCCGCAGGAGCUCCAUCCUCCUGGGCAACGUCUUGAUCCUGACCGGCAGCCUGGUGCUGCUCAUCGACUCCUACUCGGCACUGGUGGUGGGCAGGAUGGCGGUGGGCUUCGCCAUGUGUAUCUCCUCAAUGUCCUGCUGCAUCUUUGUGUCCGAGAUGGUCGCCCCGGAUCGCAGGGGCCUCCUGGUUACUGCGUAUGAAGCCGGGAUCACCGUGGGCAUCCUGGCAGCCUACGCCAUGAACUACAUCCUGUCCGACUCUGAAGGAGGCUGGAAGUGGAUGUUCGGAUUAGCCAUAGUACCGACUACGAUUCAGUUGGUCGCCAUCUGGUUCCUCCCGUCCAGCACGGAGGAGACCUCCAGCCCGAGAUACGGCUUUCAGACUGAGAGCGGCGCGAUGAAUACCGUGGAAGCGGGUGACCCCAGAGCCGGUCUCCGCGCGGAAAGCAGGGCGGUUCAGUACAACAGCACGUGCCUCUUCCAGCGCAAAGACAACAUGAGGACCAGGAUCCUCAUCGGCCUCGGGCUGGUGCUCUUCCAGCAGUUCACCGGCCAGCCGAAUGUCCUCCUGUACGCCUCCACCAUCUUCCACGCGGUGGGGUUUCGGAGCAAUGCCUCGGCGGUGCUGGCGUCCGUGGGCUUGGGCUCGGUCAAAGUGGUCGUCACUCUGCUGUCCAUGGUGUUCUCGGACCGGGUGGGGCGGAGGCCCCUGCUCAUCGGCGGAUGCUCCGUCAUGGCGCUGUGCCUGAUAACCAUCGGGCUCCUCAGUGGAGGUUCAGCGAUGAAUGCCGGGAGGCCUUGUGGCUCCGAGGUCAACGGGACGACGCUGCAUCCUCUAACUCCUGGCAAUCAAUCGGCGUUGGACAUUCCUUUACACCAGAGCCACAGACGUCUGGACCACAACACGCACGGCGACGGUGUGGUUCUCGAUGGGGUUGUGCAGAUUCAGCCAGGCGAUCCUUCGGCACCUCCUCUGCCCCCCCGUGGCUCGGUGGUGAACUGGAUCAUCCUCCUGUGUAUGAUGGCUGUUGUCGGUGCAUACUCUGUUGGAUUUGGACCAAUGACCUGGCUUCUCCUGAGUGAAAUAUUUCCAGCUGCUAUCAGAGGACGGGCAUUCGCAUUCACCAACUGCUUCAACUGGGCCGCCAACCUGUUGGUCACAUUCACUUUCCUGGAUUUUAUCGACGCCGUCGGCCUGUCGGGGACGUUCCUGCUGUACGGCAUCACCGCUGUGGCCGCUGGGCUUUUCUUCUACUUGGUGCUACCAGAGACCAAAGGGAAGACUCUGGAGGAGAUCGACGAGGAGCUGCGUUUGAACAAGUUUUACCACGGCGAGCAGUGCUGCUGCAUCGGGAGCUGGAGAGGACCGUCCCCACAGUACCAGAGAGUGCGCUGUCAAGUCAGCGAGUCAGGGUGAUUACACGUACGAUACGUACGGACAUGACCGAUGUUCGGCUCACCUGUGGCACCGGCUAUUGGAAUAUACGGUUACCUUUGAUGCUUUGUGUGAACAUUUUAGGUGUUUUUUCCAUUUUUAAGAAUGGAUCAGUUCAGCUUUAGGUUCAACACCAGAAGCUGCUGUGCACCUUUAUACGUUAGGUGGGUUGUAAGUAGGAGCAGCCGUCUUGUUCCCCAACUUGAUCCUAAUACUACAUAAUUUCCAGAAUGAGGGACCAUAUUUCAAAGCGCCCGAACGCCUAAACUAAACCCGCUGUCUCCCGUCGGUUUGGUUCUGUCUGAUGGUCUAGUCGUCGUUUUGAAGCUCUCAGGCAGACAUUGGGAGUCCUGUUAUUCAUAUUUAAAGCAACCAGACUGUGUCCCAUCCAGACAGAUCAAUGAAUAUUACAUGUAAAGUCUUCACUGUAUUGGUAUCAUGUGGUGUAUUUGAAUGUGGGUCAUAAAUCAGAAUACAUUCUUGAUAAAUAAAACACGUUUAUUUACACAAAUAUUUCUCAAAUACUAGUCUUCUACAUAAGGACAUAAAAAUAUAUACAGUGAUGUAGGGACUGCAACUGCUCCGUUCUCGGGUCAACGUAUCCAUGUUUGGAUUCAUUUGCAUUUUGCAAGAUUGAAAAAAAAAAA